UGCCAUUUAACCAUGUCUACAGAACGGUUAAAUUUAAACAAAGGUUGAUAACAUUUCGUUCGCUUGUCAUUGUGUAAAAACAAAAUCAUUAUGUAAACAGAGUAACAUACAUACACACAGGGUAUCGUUGUCAGUAGAUUUAAGACAUGCUGUGUAAACUAAAUGGAAAUAUUUUUCAAGAGAACCGUCACCAAAUUCUCCGAAUUAAAAGUGUAUGUGGUUGUUGCACAUGUUUUUUUCUCAAUUGAAUAAUUAUGCCCAAUAUAAUAUGUAGCCAGACGCGUGCAGCACAAUUGCAGAACCACUGAACUCUACCAUAUAUUGGAUGAAGAUAAAAACACGUCCAUUGUAUGGAUUAGUUUUUGUUGAUGGCAAAACUCGGGGAGUUUCUGUAUUUUUUUUGCUCUUCAGCACAGUUCCGUUUUUAGUAAGAAGUAUAAAAAGCUCGCGGAGCUAUCUGCGCUCUUCAGUAUGCAAUUGGUGUUGACGUGGUGUAGAGUUUGACUGAUGUAGCAGAAAGGCUAGUAUAGAAAGAAAUGAAAAGCGAAAUCGUGAUAAACUGCCGUGCAUUGUUCAUGGUUAUGUGUCUAUUAUGGCACACGGCCCAAUCACACUACACAAACAAUGUGCGUGCUGCGGUAACCUCGAACGCGGCUGAAUGCGCCGAAAUUGGAAUGACCAUGCUAGAUCAAGGUGGUUCCGCAGCCGAUGCUGCUAUCGCAACUCUGUUCUGUGAAGGUGUUUCGAUCCCACAGAGCAUGGGUAUCGGUGGUGGAUUUGUAUUGACCGUCUACAACAAAGCUUCGGGCCUCGUAGAGUCAUUGGACUCGAGGGAGGUCGCUCCGGCGGCUGCUACCAAAAAUAUGUACAUCGGAAAUGGUAAAGCCGCCAUCGAAGGGGGUCUAUCCAUUGCCGUUCCAGGAGAAGUGAAGGGCUACUGGGAGUUGCAUCAAAAGUAUGGCAAACUUCCCUGGAAAACGUUAGUGAAUCCAACGAUUGAUUUAUGCACCAAGGGGUCCCUAGUCACGGACUAUUUGUCAAAAAUAUUGACUUCAAAGAAGUCAUUAAUAUUGACGUAUCCCGCUCUGGCGAAAAUAUUCAUCAAUCCGGUAACAAAUGACACCUGGAAGGAGGGGGACCGUAUUAAGCGGCCAACAUUGGCGGAAUCCUUGAAAGUAAUUGCCAUCGAAGGAGCAAACGCUUUGUAUGGUAAAAAUGGCACACUUUUACCCAAAUUGAUGGAAGAUUUAAAAAAUGUUGGCAGUAUCUUAACGGAGAACGACUUCUACAAUUAUAGGCCCGAAUGGGUUAAGCCUGCGCGAGCUACUCUACGUAAUAACUUCUUUCUACACUCUAUGCCUCUCCCAGGCAGUGGCCCAAUACUUAGCUACAUGCUAUCUAUUCUGGACGGAUACAAGGACCUGUCAUCAAAUGAUCCGCUAACAUGGCAUCGGAUCAUCGAGAGCUUUAAGCACGGGUACGGAAUGCGUACGAAGGUUGGAGACCCGCGCUUUGUCACCUCCGUAAAUACGGUGCUUCAAAAGAUGACAAACAAAAACUAUGUUGCCUACAUUCGUGAUAUGAUAGUAGGCAACAUGACAUUCGACAGUUACGAUUACUACGGAGCAGAUUUUGCUGGCCUACAAGAUCAGGGCACUGCACACGUCUCGGUACUGGCAGCUAAUGGAGACGCAAUAGCUGUAACAAGUACAAUUAAUUAUCUGUUUGGCUCCUUAAUAGUUUCACCUUCGACCGGGAUUAUCCUAAAUGAUGAAAUGGAUGAUUUUUCUACACCAGGUGUUGUGAACGCUUACGGUUUGUCUCCUUCUCCGGCGAACUUUAUCGUACCAGGAAAACGACCGCUAUCUUCUAUGUCUCCGACGAUCAUUACUGAUCGGCAGGGUGAUGUGCGAAUGGUACUUGGAGGAGCAGGAGGAUCCAGGAUCACCACUGCUGCGGCAUUGCUUAUACUUCGACACCUAUAUUUCAAACAAAGCCUUUGUGAAGCCAUUAAUGCACCAAGAAUUCACCAUCAAUUAGCACCGAUGCAGGUCGAAUAUGAGAAAGGAUUCGAUGCCAAUUUAAUAGCAGAACUUGCUGCUCGAGGUCACAAGGUUCAAGAGACAAAAGCAGACUUUGGUUUUGCUGCAUUGACAGCGAUCGUUAAACAGGAAAACACAGUUUCGGCCGCUUUCGAUCGACGACGAAGUGGUAGUGUGUCGGUGCGACCGCCCAAAUCUGGCUUAGGCAAUUGUGCCAAAAUUGUGUCAUCAGGUGUCAACUGCACAGGGUUACGAUCAUUGAUAAUAGUUAUGUGUCUAAUAUGGCCUACGGCUCGAUCGCAGUACACAGACAAUGUGCGUGCUGCAGUGGCAUCGAAUGCGGUCGAAUGUGCCGAAAUUGGAACGAGUAUGCUAGAUCAAGGUGGUUCCGCAGCCGAUGCGGCUAUCGCAACCCUGUUCUGCGAAGGUGUUUCGAUCCCACAGAGCAUGGGUAUCGGUGGUGGAUUUGUAUUGACCGUCUACAACAAAGCUUCGGGCCUCGUAGAGUCAUUGGACUCGAGGGAGGUCGCUCCGGCAGCUGCUACCAAAAAUAUGUACAUCGGAAAUGGUAAAGCCGCCAUCGAAGGAGGUCUAUCCAUUGCCGUUCCAGGAGAAGUGAAGGGCUACUGGGAGUUGCAUCAAAAGUAUGGCAAACUUCCCUGGAAAACGUUAGUGAAUCCAACGAUUGAUUUAUGCACCAAAGGGUCCCUCGUCACGGAUUAUUUGGCGAAGACAUUGAUCUCAAAGAAGUCAUUAAUAUUGACGUAUCCCGCACUGGCGAAAAUAUUCAUCAAUCCGGUAACAAAUGACACCUGGAAGGAGGGGGACCGUAUUAAGCGGCCAACAUUGGCGGAAUCCUUGAAAGUAAUUGCCAUCGAAGGAGCAAACGCUUUGUAUGGUAAAAAUGGCACACUUUUACCCAAAUUGAUGGAAGAUUUAAAAAAUGUUGGCAGCAUCCUAACGGAGAAUGACUUCUACAAUUAUAGGCCCGAAUGGGUUAAGCCUGUGCGAGCUAAGCUGCGUAAUAACUUUUUUCUGCACUCCAUGCCUCUCCCAGGCAGUGGACCAAUACUUAGCUACAUGCUAUCUAUUCUGGAUGGAUACAAGGACCUGUCAUCAAAUGAUCCGCUAACAUGGCAUCGGAUCAUCGAGAGCUUUAAGCACGGGUACGGAAUGCGUACGAAGGUUGGAGACCCGCGCUUUGUCACCUCCGUAAAAACAGUGCUUCAAAAGAUGAAAAACAAAAACUAUGUUGCCUACAUUCGUGACAUGAUAGUAGGCAACAUGACAUUCGACAGUUACGAUUACUACGGAGCAGAUUUUGCUGGCCUGCAAGAUCAGGGCACUGCACACGUCUCGGUACUGGCAGCUAAUGGAGAUGCAAUAGCUGUAACAAGUACAAUUAAUUAUGUGUUUGGCUCCUUAAUAGUUUCACCUUCGACCGGUAUCAUCCUAAAUGAUGAAAUGGAUGAUUUUUCUACACCAGGUGUUGUGAACGCUUACGGUUUGUCUCCUUCUCCGGCGAACUUUAUCGUACCAGGAAAACGACCGCUAUCUUCUAUGUCUCCGACGAUCAUUACUGAUCGGCAGGGUGAUGUGCGAAUGGUACUUGGAGGAGCAGGAGGAUCCAGGAUCACCACUGCUGCGGCAUUGCUUAUACUUCGACACCUAUAUUUCAAACAAAGCCUUUGUGAAGCCAUUAAUGCCCCAAGAAUUCAUCAUCAAUUAGCACCGAUGCAGGUCACAUAUGAGCCAGGGUUCGAUGCUAAUGUAAUUGCAGGACUUGCUGCCCGAGGUCAUAAGCUUCAAGAAAUAGAAGGUGAUGCUGGUUUUGCUGCAUUGACAGCGAUAGUUAGACACCGAAACAUGGUUUCGGCCGCUUUCGAUCGACGGCGGGGUGGUAGUGUGUCGGUGCGACCGUACAAAGCUGGGGUAGGUAAUUGUUAUUAGAUACCGGAUAUAGUAUUACAGAUGACGGAUCACGGUAAAAUAUAGAUCUUACGUAAAACUGAAAUGGUUAGUUACAGUAGUAAAGAAAGCUAUUACAGGUAGAAAUAAAUUCAAAGUGUAUGUGUUACGAUCCGUUCUAACGGUAUUCAUUAACGGCAAUUCAUUGCCACAUUAUUGAAACAAUACCCUUUUAAACCGUUUAACAACAAUAGUCUCUCUCUUUUUGGCUUUAACGACCUUACAGGUCACGCCGGCCAUUUCUGGCUUACGAGACUUAUUUUUACCACGUAGCCGGAUAGUCAGUCCUUGCUUCGGGGGGACGAUCCGGAUGGGAUUAGACCGGCACCGUUUAUCACAUUUACCACUGGGCCGCACCAACAACAAUAGUGUUUUAUAUUAUUAUAAAGUAUUUACAUAUAUUCGUACAUUUUCCAUGCCAUAAAUAAAUCCAUGCCAUAAAGGUCGGAUUUGAUCGAGAAGAGUUGUUGAAUUGUAUUUUUACGAAGCUUUUUUCAUUCGUCUCUCAAGGAGGAGCGAAUUGUGUGCCAAAGAAUAAGAGAAGUUGAGAGCCAGCCGCUUCAAUAAUAAUAUUUGUGCAGGUGUGUCAUGAUAACCAGGUAGAAAAACUAUUGAUAAUGAGAAAAGGAGGAAGUGUGAACAAUAAUGUUUCCGUAAUGUGUGGAAUGCGGCGUCCUUCCUUUGUACGUUGGAAUUAUUAGAAGAGUUGUGUAUCUCCUGCCCGAAGAACGAAACUAUAAGCGAAUGUUCUUAGCAGAAGAAAAGUUGACACACACAGAGUUAUAGUACAUAAUGAACUGUGCUGGUAGUGAUCGUGGUUAAGCGAUAACAAGGUUUUUCUAUCUCGCUCUUACCUGCGAAGGCAAAAUUCUUGCGUUCUUACUCCAACGUGGAGUUUUAAAUGUGUGAAAGCGCAUUAAUGUCUGCAAGUGAGAAAAAAGCCAAUGUAUAAAAGCAAAGGGGCCGCGAUGAAGCAGUAUUAUCUUCCGAAGCAAAUGCUUUCCUCAGUUUUAUGAAACUAAAGUGUCCUACGUAUAAACUAACGUUUACCCGAGUAAGUUAACCACAUUUACUCAGAAACAUCGGAAGUAAGAUUUAUACUAGAAGCAAUUGAUAGGACAGUUUCUGGCAGAUGUAAUUGUAUAACAUUAGGCUGCGAUGCAAAUCACAUCGUGUAGUUCGUGUAAAGCUAAAAACAGUUUGCCUCAAAGCUCAAGUAAAUGAACUCCUCCAUCCUCCAUCCCCUUAGAUAUUCCGUCUAGGGGGUCCAAGUGGGAUAAUCCAUCACUGGUUACGGUUUCUAAAUUUUCGUUAGCAUUAUGCAUAAACGAAAAACGAUCACCUAACAAGCACUAAUUACGGCAACUAUUUAACAUGCGUUGGAACAUUUGCGUCCCUAAUUAAAAUCACGGUCAAAUUAAUUUGCACUCAUAUUUUAUUUCAUUAAUCUCCCAAGCCCCACCGAGUCGGAUAAGCAGAACUGAGAUGCUUGAUUCUCACCAAAUUCGAAGGCAUACGGUGCCCCCCGGAAGAAUAGUACAGAGCUGGAGAGUGUUUGGAGAAAUUUUGAUACCCGCGCUGUGUUGUACCCUUAUGGACAAUUCGACCGAAAGGUUUUGAUGUAAUUUGUUUUAUGACAACACAUGCGACAUGCAAUUCAUCAAACUCAACUAGAUCAUAAAUUUUAAAAGCCCGAUUUCCCUGCUCAUUCCGCCGUUGAAGUGGUAGAAUAAAAGAGAAAUGGUUACCAUAGGCACAUUACCCCGUACCGCACCGACUGAUUACAAAGUAUGACAGUUUGGUCUACGAAAGGGAAAGCACCACGUUGCCAUGGGAGGUUUUUAUACGACGGGUCUGAAUCGCACUUGUUUUGUCGAAACGUGUCUGUGAAUCAUGAUCGCAGCUGUCAGACGGCGGAUGUGAAUUUUUGUUCCUUUUUUGUUUGCGCUUUCAUGAUGCAUCCCAUCCCCAAGUGCAAUGGUAUGCCAGUGUUUUAAUUUAAGAGGGGUAAGUAAUGAAAUUAAUUUAAGCAAUAAAUUUAGUCGACUUUGAAAAACAAAACCAGUGACGUGAUGUUUGGUAUUGGAGUGCAACGAAUAAUGAAUAAUGUGGCGUGACGCCGUCGUAUCAGAGCUUGUGUAAAAUACACCACAUUGGGGUUGAGUUUUGUUUCAAUUCCUUUUCAUCCUGAAAUACUUCUACAAUGUGGUAGGUAUAUUCAAUUGCUGUGACUUUAAGUGAUGGAGAAGCAAUUCUACACAGCAAAUGAAGGAUGAUUGUAUUGAAUGGUUUUAUAUCGAAUUGAACAAGUUGAAGUAUAAAUUUCCUUAUAGAAACAUCAAGCAUGUUUCAAUAUGAAUAUGCAAGAUUUUGUCCCUCAAACUAACAAUUAAAGAUGGUGCUGUCCUGUCAUGAAUGUUUCUCAUUAUGCAAUAGUAUUUGAUAAGCGUUUAAUUACGUAGACCAUGUACGUGAUAUGUUUUUCUUCACAUUUCCUUACUAUCCUCUGUCACAUUUUUCCACAACUUUAAACGCUAGUAUUACUGAAAGGAAACAGAGCAUACACUGUUUCCAAACCCUCGUUUUUAUCUGCUAACAUUUUAAACCACUUCUCAUCCUUAUUCAACUACCUUUUCCGUUUAAUCAAGGUAAUGAGUUGUUUCACACCUUAACACCAGCGCGCAGACACGAGGGUGGAAUAGAGUACUACGCCGCAUAUAAAAUUUCACGCGUAAAUUCUCCCUUUUUUAAUCUUCCUUGUUACUCAUAUUUAUGGCUCUCUAAAUUCAUGCCGCACUGCAAAACGGUAUCAUCCACGGGGUUUAUCUUUCGAUGGCCAGAAAACAAGCUGCGAAUUCACAGCGGGAAACGAAUUAGGGUCCCCGUGGCACACAAACCAUCGGAACUGUAACGAUCUAAUCCCAUCAGUGUGGUGGAGACUUUCUGCAGAAUAUUUUAAGGGGAAGAACACUCGCACAAAAGCAGAUGGAACUGUUUACCUUAUAUUUGCUGCAAAUGUCGGCUUUUGUCAGUAACACUUAAGCUAUAUUGUGCGUUUGUUUGGAAAAUUGUUAAUACAGAUUGCUGCUCAUUGCGAUGCACAAGGCCAUAUGAUAAUGCAUUUUUCUUGAAAAUUUACGUUCUGUUACGGGAUUAAUGUUACCAUUAAAACUUAGACACAGCAAACCUGUGUGUAGCAAAAUGCUUUAUACUGCCAAAAAUUGGGUUGUUUUGAAAUGUCAUAAAUUAAAUGUUGUUAACCUCCUUAAAAGCGCUGUCAAGAAUUUUCUCAAGUUUAGGAAUUUACGACGCUAAACACCUGCCCGUAUUGCAAACACUCAGAAAUAUUCACAGCACACAAGUCUUUAAAAGGUUUUUGUUAUUGUACCGGUGCCGUUAGUGUUUUUGUUGUGCCAUUGUCUUGUCGCUUACCGUGUCACUUCCGUAACUGCCAGGCAUAUUUUCUCCACUGUCAGUACACAAAACUGAGAGAUUCUGCACAUUUUCAUGGUCUGAUGUUGGCGUGUUUUAGCUUUAAUAAAAUAUUUACAAAAAAUAUCCGUGAUGCUUCAGAUUCCGUGUCUCGCUGGUUCACCCCUGAGCCUGUGGCGUAGCAGUGGAUGAAACAGGUUGACACUUGCGACAGUGCACCAACCACCACCAAGCAGCAGCAGCAGCAGCAGCAAUUCGUUGUCCUUUAGUGUUAUUUUUUUUAUUUAUAUAUUUUGUUCCCCGAUUCAGAGCCUUAUCAUGGUGGGGCUGUCUGUGCGUUUGAGAUUUUUUGUGUGAUUUCAAACUGAUAGCAGCGGCAGCAACAGCUCAAAGGCAUUUUUGUAGAGUCUUGAAGGUUUUGUAGUUAUUGUGCGUCAGCCGGCAUGUUGUGGCAUGCCUGUACUUUUUUCUUCUACUCCCGUCGACUUUUACCCGAGGCUGUGUUGUUUUCUCUACCUUAUGAGUUUUAUCCCUUCGGGGAUGUUGUUGUUGAAGCAGCAAGAACACAUGGGGUGCGUGUUAUUAUAGGGAUUAUUAUCCAACACAUGUGACUCCCGCUGCUGUUACCAUACGAUGAGCUACAUGUAAUGCUACGGGAUACUCGCUGAUGAAAACUGAGAGAGUUUUCGAAACUGUUUACUUUAUGUGAAAAAUUAAGAGCAUAUAUUUGCCAGUCGCAUCACACUUGUUCAUUUUUCAUAACAUAUGAAAUGAAUUUAUCAUUCUGUUUUAAUUAUAAUCGUAAUCGUACCGAGGUUUACUUCGUUUGUUUACCAAUCAAUUUUGUAAUCGUCCUAUAAACGAUAGAUCGUAUGAAAAGCAUUUCCAAAAGAACCAUUCGGUGGUGUUUCAAUUUAAAAAUAAAUAUUCAACACGGCACAAAUAUCAGAUUGUAGCUUUUAAACAGCUUUUAGCUAUGCCAGAAAACAGCAUAAGCCUAUCAUUGGCCACGUGCGAUAAACACAAUUGUACAAUGUGAUGUAUGGUGUUGUUCGUCUUUUCCAGCGUUCAUAACAUUUUCUUUAUUCUCUUCUUUCUGCUGAUAGAAGAUUGGUGUUGCGCACUAACGGGAGAAAGGCAACCGGACAGAACGCUGGGGGACAAAAACCCACCAAGCAUAAUUCAAUAUAGUACGAGUGGAAAGCUGUUACACUCCACAAUUUAUCAUACAAAAACCCUGUCCAUGCGUAUAUCCGUCUAACGUGGGGGAAAUAUUAUCGUCUUGAUGGCUCCGUGCGCUUCGCUUACCGCGCACAUUUUCGAUCCGUGCGCAAAAAGGUAAUGUGAAGGUGUCGUAGUGCAAGGAGUGGUUAUGCAUUGUGAC